CUUCUGGUUUUUUAAUCUGCGGAUCUCAUCUCUAUUUUUGUUUUCUUGUUUGUGAUUUGUUUUUUUUUUUUUUCGAUUUUUCUCUCGAUCUCUCGUCUCCUAUUUGUGUUUAUGUUAUGAUUUCAGUUUAUUUUGGUUUUCUAAUCUGCGGAUCUCAUCUCUAUUUUUGUUUUCUUGUUUGUGAUUUGUUUUUUUUUUCGAUUUUUCUCUCGAUCUCUCGUCUCCUAUUUGUGUUUAUGUUAUGAUUUCAGUCUAUUUUGGUUUUCUAAUCUGCGGAUCUCAUCUCUAUUUUUGUUUUCUUGUUUGUGAUUUGUUUUUUUUUUUCGAUUUUUCUCUCGAUCUCUCGUCUCCUAUUUGUGUUUAUGUUAUGAUUUCUGUUUAUCUUGAUUUUCUAAUCUGCGAAUCUCAUCCCUAUUUUUUAUGAUCUAAUUUUGUGUUUUUUCUCCUAGAUGACAAGUGAAAGUGAAUACGUCUUGGUAGACGUGCUCGGAUUAGGUGCUGCCGAGAAGUCACCUACUGGGAGCUCCCCUCCCAGUGGUAACAGCACAUCAUCUUCCGAGAAUGAAAAAAAACAGAGAGCGUGGAUUCCAUCUUGAAUCUCCCAAAAAAGAAGAACAUGACAAAGAAAGUUGGAAGGAUACAUUUGAUCUGUCGGGCAUUGAGGAGCCCCACAUGGCUGAGCUGCUGAAGGAUCCAUCAUUGGGGGAAUUACUGACCUCAAGCAAUUUGUAUCUGCUGCUAAUUAAAGGUGAUAUUGAUGAUGUUGAUAAGGCAUUCAUUACUCAGACUAAGGAGCUGCUGCACUACGUAAUUCCAUUCCUUGCGGUUAACCAGCAGGAUUGCCCUCCAAUUUUGGAGGAAAUUUUCGAUGUUUGCAAGAUUGCUCGUCCGUGCAUCCUACUCCUCAGAGGAUCUCGAUUUGUCAGCCAUUAUUUCUGUUUGAUUACUCCAACUCAACUUUCGUUAGCUGUGUCCCCUCAUAUCGAGGCUGACACUCGGGAUUUAAGUCCUUGAGCAUUGUUAGGAAAGUUGGAUCUCUGCUUGACACUCAGGAUUUAAUGCCUUGAGCAUUGUUGUUUUUUUUAGUGUCUUGUUAGGAAAAUUGGAUCUCUGCUUGACACUCAGGAUUUAAUGCCUUGAGCAUUGUUGUUUUUUUUAGUCUUGUUAGGAAAGUUGGAUCUCUGCUUGACACUCAGGAUUUAAUCCUAAUUCUCAAUCAAACUCUUGGGUAGCCUUUUUGCUUAUAUCUACUUUUUAGUGUUAGCCCACAUCUUUAUUCCAAAUCAAUUCAUUCUUUAUAGUGAAAUAGUGAUGGGCCAAAAGUUUUGAAUCCU